AUGGUACUAAACACGGACGCCGCGCGCGGCGGCGGCGGCACGGCGUCGUCGUCGUCGUCGUCUCCCGCGUCGUCCACCUCCUCCUCUCCGCUCCUGUGCGACUUCGGUCUCUACGAGACGCGCGAGCGCAUGCUCCUCGUGGGACGCACGCGAGACAAGGCGCGAUGGCGCGUCGCGCGCAUCGCGCGCGAGGAGACUUCGAACGGCGCGCUCGACGCGCGCGAGGACGACGUCGAGUACACGGAGGGUCAGUGCGCGAAGCUCUUGAGGGCGAUCGAGGACGCGAACGCGACGACCGGGGGCUGCCGACUCGUCGCGCGCGGAUGCGCGGUCCUCGGCACCAUCCGAUUCUUAAACGCGCACUACCUCGUCGUCGUCACGAAACGCGUCGCCCUCGGGCGCGUGUGCGGGCACGCCGUGCACAAGAUCGCGGAGACGAAGCUCGUGCGGCUCGCGAACGCGACGGAGACGGCGCGCGCGUACCCGCUCUCGACGCAAGGCGCGCAAGACGCGGAGGAGCGACGACGACGACGCAUGCUCGCGUGGGUGGACCUCUCCGACGGAUUUUUCUUUUCGUACACGUACCCGCUGACGUCUACCGUCCAGACGAACCUGUGCGGCGACGGGGGCGCGCGCCGCCGCCGCCGCGAGGGCGACGCGAACGACGAGGCGGGCGUUAAAGACUUCGACGGGAUGUUCUCGUGGAACGCGUUCAUAUCCCAGCCGUUACGAAAGGCGUUAGGCGACGCCGCCGCGCGGAAGUGGCUGACCCCGAUCGUCCACGGGCACUUCGAGCAACGCCGGCUGUCGCUGCUCGGUCGUCCGGUGUCGGUGACGCUGAUCGCGCGUCGGUCGCGGCACUUCGCGGGGACGCGAUACAACCGACGCGGCGUGGACAAGCGCGGCGACGUCGCGAACGAGGUGGAGACGGAGCAGAUCGUC